AUGGAUGUAGCAGCUCUCCGAGAACGUAUCCAGGCCACCCUCGACACCAACGCGGAGGCUCGACAACAGGCCGAGGCGGACCUGAAAUAUGCCGAAGAGCAGCCUGGAUUUAUAAAUGCGCUGGUCGAUAUCUUGCAGGCAGAACAAGACAAUGGAGUUCGACUAUCGACUGUUGUCUACCUGAAGAAUAGAGUCUCCAGAGGAUGGGCCCCUGCUGAAGAACAACCAAUCCACAAACCUAUCCCAGACCAGGAUCGAACUCCGUUCAGAGCGCGUAUCAUACCCCUCCUUGCAUCCUCCCCCCCCGCUGUUCGAUCUCAACUGGCUCCCACUCUUUCCAAGGUCCUCCAGUAUGAUUUCCCUACGAAAUGGCCCGAUUACAUGGACGUGACCCUCCAGCUACUCAAUACGAACGAUGCAAACUCCAUCUUUGCAGGUUUGCAGUGCCUGCUGGCAAUAUGUCGCGUAUACAGAUUCAAGUCUAGUGAUAAGAGGGGGGAUUUCGAAAAGGUGGUGGAAGUUUCGUUCCCUCGACUUCUGGAUAUUGGGACUCGUCUUAUCGAUGAGGAAAGUAUUGAAGCUGGAGAGAUGCUGCGGACUGUUGUCAAGGCAUAUAAGAAUGCUAUCUAUUUUGAACUGCCAAAUUUCUUGAUGACCCAUCAAGCGACGGUGGCCUGGUGUUCUCUGUUCUUGAGAGUCAUUGGGAAAAUCCCUCCAGCGAGUUCUAUGCUCGAAAACACUGACGAACGGGAGCUUAACCACUGGUGGAAGGCCAAGAAAUGUUCAUAUGCCAACUUGAACCGCCUGUUUGUUCGAUACGGCAACCCCAGUCUUCUCGGGAAAACUAAUUCAACAAAUUACACACAAUACGCGAAGUCCUUUAUUACCACUUUCGCUCCAGAAAUUCUCAAAGGUUAUCUGGGGGAAAUCGAUAAAUGGGUGAAUGGCCAAUGGUUAAGCAAGCCUGCGCUUUCCUACACUUUGGUAUUCUUGCAAGACUGUGUCAAACCCAAGGCGACGUGGGACCAUUUGAAACCUCAUUUGGACAAUCUUGUUCAGCACCUGAUUUUCCCAGUCUUGUGCCAGUCCGACGAAGAUAUUGAGCUGUUUGAGACUGAUCCUUCGGAAUACCUGCAUCGAAAACUGAAUAUUUAUGAGGAGGUUUCUGCGCCAGACGUUGCAGCCACCAACUUCCUUGUCGCACUUACACAGAGCCGGAAGAAACAGACGUUUUCCAUCCUAAGUUUCGUCAAUGGUGUUGUCAGCAAGUAUGAGACUUCCCCGGAUGACCAGAAGCUUCCUCGGGAAAAGGAGGGCGCUCUUCGCAUGAUUGGAACCCUCGCUUCCGUUAUUCUGGGUAAAAAGAGCCCCAUCGCGGACCAGGUAGAGUACUUUUUUGUUCGCCACGUCUUCCCCGAGUUCAAGAGUCCUCACGGCUAUCUCCGUGCCCGGGCUUGCGACACCUUGGAAAAGUUUAGUGAGUUGGACUUUACCGACCCCAACAACCUCAUGGUGGUUUACAGGAACAUUUUGGAAGCAUUGGCCGAUCCUGAACUUCCUGUGAGAGUGGAAGCUGCAUUGGCUCUUCAACCUCUUAUCCGCCACGAUGCUAUCCGGACCUCCAUGCAGACUAAUAUUCCACAGAUCAUGCAACAACUUCUCAAGCUUUCAAAUGAAGUUGACCUGGAUCAGUUAUCAGGUGUCAUGGAGGAUUUUGUUGAGGUUUUCUCCACAGAACUGACUCCUUUCGCCGUCGCUUUGUGCGAGCAGUUGAGGGAUACGUAUAUGCGAAUUAUUGGAGAUAUGCUCGAUGAGCGAAAAAAUACUUCCAAGCCCGAGGAAGAUAUUUACGGUGAUUUCCUAGAUGACAAGAGUAUUACUGCAUUGGGCGUGCUCCAGACCAUCGGAACUUUGAUCCUGACCCUAGAAAGCACACCGGAUGUGCUUUUGCACUUAGAAACUAUUUUGAUGCCUGUUAUCACUAUUACUCUUGAAAAUAAACUUUAUGAUUUGUACACCGAGGUUUUUGAAAUCAUUGAUUCUUGCACUUUUGCUGCCAAAUCUAUAUCUCCCACCAUGUGGCAGGCAUUUGUUCUCAUGCAUAAAACAUUUAAAUCUGGAGCUGAAUUGUAUCUUGAAGAUAUGCUACCGGCUCUGGAUAAUUUCGUCACAUAUGGCUCAGCUACACUGGCACAAAACCCUGUCUAUCUUCAAGCCCUAGUUAGCAUGGUUGACGACAUUUUCCACGACGAGAAGGUUGGAGGUGUUGAUAGAAUUUGUGGUUGCAAGCUUGCAGAGGCUAUAAUGCUCAAUCUUCGAGGGCAUGUCGACCAAUUCAUCCCAACGUUCAUAUCCUUGGCAAUGACCGUCUUAAGUUCGGAUGAAACACACGCCAAAUCUUACCGCAUCCACUUGAUGGAGAUGGUUAUCAAUUCAAUAUACUAUAACCCAUUGUUAGCACUCCAAGUUCUGGAGUCCAAGGGAUGGACGAACAAAUUCUUCAGCACCUGGUUCUCCAACAUCGACAUCUUCAACAGGGUCCAUGACAAGAAAUUGUGCAUCGUUGCUAUCACUUCGUUAUUGACCCUGAGAGCAGCUGAUGUGCCCGCAAGCGUGCAACCAGGCUGGCCUCGUCUCCUCCAGGGAAUUAGCAAGCUUUUCCAAACUCUCCCAGCUGCGUUGAAGCACCGCGAAGAAACUUCAAAGGAGGUCGAUUACAGCUAUAAUGACGCCGAUGACGAUGAUGACGAUUCGAACAACGAUUGGAGUGGAGAGGUUGAGUGGACAGCACAAGAUGAAGCUGACGGUCCAGAUAGAGAUCUAGAUGAUGAAAGCCAGUCUUAUGUAGAGUUCUUAAACCGAGAAGCUAUGAAAUACGCAUCGAUGCCCGGUGACGAAGAUGAAGAACUUGAUGAGGAAGGUUUGCUUGAAAGCCCGUUGGACAAGGUGGAGCCAUAUGGCCUUUUCAAGGCUGUUUUGAUGGGUCUACAACAAGAACAACCCGUCCUCUACGAGACCCUGACGAAAAUUCUCAAUGCAGAGGAGCAACAGAUCAUUCAAACUGUUGUCCAAGAAGCAGAUGCAAAGGCAUUGGCUUUUGGGAAUGCGAACGUUGCAGCUGCAGCCGCGACGGCAAAGGCAAAUAGCGAAGCCUGA